AAGGGUAUGGUAGUAGUUAGAAAUAAUGGAAAUGAGUAUUAACUUUUAGCACUGUUGCAUGGCCAUUUCAAUUAUUGUUGGGCAUUGAGUGCAUUAAAACCUUAGAAAUGAAGUUUUUUCACUAUAAAUUCAUGGGUUGAACGUUGUUCACAUACCAAAAAAGAAGAAAAAGAGUGAAACAAGCAUAAAAGAUAAAGAAAAAGGAUGUCUUGCAUGGCUGAGAAAUGGGAGGAACUUAGUGGGAAAAACAAUUGGGAUGGGCUACUAAACCCAUUGGAUCUUGAUCUUCGUAAAUAUAUCAUUCAAUACGGAGAAUUGGCUCAAGCAACUUACGACACUUUCAUCAAGGAGAGAGCGUCCAAAUAUGCGGGAGCUAGCAGACACUCGAUGGAAAAUUUCUUUACUAAGGUUGGACUUGACCCGCACAAGUAUCGUGUAACAAAAUUUUUCUAUGCUACCUCCUCAAUUCCACUUCCUGAUGCUUUCAUUACAAGAUCAUUCUCAAGGGAAGCAUGGAGCAAGGAAUCAAAUUUUAUGGGGUUUGUUGCUGUGGCUACUGAUGAGGGUAAAGUUUCACUUGGAAGGAGGGAUAUUGUGGUUGCUUGGCGAGGAACACUUCAGGCACUGGAGUGGGUGAAUGACCUUCAAUUUCUACUUGUUCCAGCACCCAAAGUUUUCGGUCAAGGGGGCGGUUUGCUUCCUUUGUUUCAACCUUUGGUGCAUCACGGCUUCUAUAACAUUUAUACAACAGAAAAUCCACGAUCACAGUUUAAUAAAACUUGUGUCAGGGAUCAGGUAAUGGAAGAAGUGAAGAGAUUGAUUGAGGAAUACAAGCAUGAAGAGGUCAGCAUAACAGUAACUGGCCACAGCCUAGGUGCAUCACUUGCAACUCUAAAUGCAGUUGACAUAGCUUUCAAUGGUAUCAACAAAACAAGCACUGGAAAGGAGUUCCCAGUGACGGCCUUUCCAUUUGCAAGUCCUAAAGUUGGGGAUCUCAAUUUUCACAAGGCAUUUUCCAAACUGAAACAUCUUCACAUCUUGAGGACUCAUAACUUAUUGGAUGUUGUUCCUAAAUACCCACCCAUUGGCUAUUUCGACGUUGGGCAGGAGCUAAUGAUUGACACCACAAAAUCUCCUUAUGUGAAGCCUCCCGGAGAAGUUGUGAGCUGGCAUUUAUUGGAGCCGUACUUGCAUGGAGUUGCUGGCUUUCAAGGUUUAGGACUUUCAACAGGCUUUAAACUAGAGGUGAAUCGCGAUAUCUCACUUGUCAACAAAGAGUGGGACAUACUUAAAAACGAAUAUUGUGUUCCUCCGCUUUGGUGGAUUGAGAAGAAAAAAGGGAUGGUUCAACAAAAAGAUGGAUCUUGGCUUCUCUUGGAUCGUGAGGAGUAUGAAUUCUGAGGGAGCUAAAUGCGGCUUUAUUUCCUUUCCUUUAAUGUUUGAAUAAAAGGUUUCUGAGAGCAGCUUGGAAAAACCACAUCAGAUAUUAUAUUAUAAUGUAUUAUGGUUCCUCUUAUCACAGAGGACAAAUUUGUAUUUCGAACUAUUUCUUUCAAUGUUUAAUAAGAAUACUUUUAAUA